CCUUCCUGACCGGCGCCAUGGAGGGCCUCCUGCUGUGUCUUCUGGUGGUCCUGGCCCACCUGGCCCGACCUCAGGUGUGUCCCAAGCGCUGCAUGUGCCAGAACCUCUCCCCUUCGCUGGCCAUCCUGUGCACCAAGACCGGCCUCCUCUUCGUGCCCACCAUGAUCGAUCGACACACGGUGGAGCUGCGCCUGACGGACAACUUCAUCACCGUCAUCCGCCGGAAGGAUUUCUCCAACAUGACCAGCCUGGUGCACCUCACCCUUUCGCGCAACACCAUCAGCCAGAUCCUGCCCUACGCCUUCACCGACCUGCGCAGCCUGCGGGCGCUGCACCUGGACAACAACCGGCUGCUCCUGAUUGGGGCCGAGCAGCUGAAGGGCCUGCCCAACCUGCGCCAUCUCAUCCUCAGCAACAACCAGCUGCAGGACAUCUCCCCUGUGGCCUUCGAUGACUUUGCCAGCACCCUGGAGGAUCUGGACCUCUCCUACAACAACCUGGCGCGGGUCCCCUGGGACACCGUCCACCGCCUGCACAACGUCAACUCCCUCAGCCUGGACCACAACCUGAUCGACUUCGUGCCCGAGGGCGUCUUCACCAACCUGCUCAAGUUGGCCCGCCUGGACAUGACCUCCAACAAGCUGAAGAAGAUCCCGCCAGACCCGCUCUUCCUCCGCAUCCCGGUCUAUGCCAAGUCCAAGGGCUCCCCUCCCUCCUCCCUGGUGCUCAGCCUGGGGGGGAACCCCCUGCACUGCAACUGCGAGCUUCUCUGGCUGCGCCGGCUGGCCAGGGAGGAUGACCUGGAGACCUGUGCCUCGCCCCCUGAUCUGCUGGGCAAGUACUUCUGGACCAUCCCUGAGGAGGAGUUCAUUUGCGAGCCGCCUGUCAUCACCCGGCACACGGGCCGCUUGGCGGUCAUGGAGGGCGAGGGGGUGGUUCUCCGCUGCCGCGGGGUAGGGGACCCGGAGCCCUCCAUCCACUGGGUCUCCCCCGAGGGCAAAGUGGUGGCCAACACUUCGCGGACCGUCUCCUACGACAAUGGCACCCUGGAGAUCCUGAUCGCGGCUAUCCAGGACAGCGGGAUCUUCACCUGCAUCGCCUCCAACGCUGCCGGAGAAGCCACCACCUCCGUGGAGCUGUUGGUCAACCUGCUGCCGCUGCUGUCCAACAACACCACCCCCAAGGUGCCCGAGGCCGUGGGGCCUUCGGACAUCCUCACCUCAGCCAUGGCCACCCUGCCUCUGGGCGCAAAUGACACGGGGCCCUCUCAGGACAAGGGCGUGGUGGCCUCGGAAAUCUCCUCCUCCUCCGUCCUCAUCCGCUGGUACCCCCAGUGGCACAUCCCUGGCAUCCGAAUGUACCAAAUCCAGUAUAACAGCUCCUCGGAUGACACCCUGGUGUACAGAAUGAUCCCUCCCACGAGCAAGGGCUUCUUGAUGAAGGACCUGGCCGCCGGGCGGGACUACCACCUCUGCGUCUUGGCCAUCUACAACGACGGGGUGACCUCGCUGACGGUCACCCAGAGCCUGGGCUGCCUGCAGUUUAGCACCCUGAGGGACGGCCUGCAGUGCCACUCGCUCCACACCCAGUUCCUGGGGGGCACCAUGAUCAUCAUCGUGGGGGGCAUCAUCGUGGCCUCGGUGCUGGUCUUCAUCAUCAUCCUCAUGAUCCGGUACAAGGUCUACAGCGGCCAAGAGGAGCAGAAGAAGACCAAAGUCAGCAACGUCUACUCCCAGACCAAUGGCAGCCACCCGCCUCAGCCCCCCGCCGGGCUGUCCUGCUCGGCCUCCAGACACGAGGGGUGGGAGGUGGACAGCGGCCGGACCAGGAGGGACCGUGGCCUGGUGGCGCUAAGCAAGGACUGCGAGAAAGGCGCGCGGCCCCUUUCCUCCGAGAAAGGGCCAGAGGAGGAGGUCUCGUCUCCCCGGAGGAGGAGGAGGAGGUGGUCCCGGACGAGUCUCGACCGCCAUCAUGGUGGCCCCGAGGCCUCCAGAGCAGAAGAGGAAGACCCCUCUUUGACGCUCCCAACCGAGGAGAGGAGGAGUACCAACGACUGGACCGACGUGAAGAUCUGAGCCUUGGCAGUCGGCCGGCGAAGAACAAGCCGCAACCCCACCUGAGCCCCCAGGCUGAAUCCAGAGUUGGCGCCAUUCCUCAGCUGUCCCACCACACGGUGCCACAGCCCCAGCAGGAGACCCGGGCGGCCCCCCCCAGCUCACCUGCCUCUUCGGGGGGGGGGUGAAGAGGCUCUGGAGUCUCACCUCGGCCUUACGGGCAUCUUUCUACUGGACUCUCUUCAGGGCCCGUUUUCUACAAAGUCCUUUUGUUUUUCUAAGCCACACCUGGAAUUUUCUAAUAAAUGGAGGUGAAAAUCAGGAUGUUUAUUCCCAGAGAAGGAUGCGGGCACCUGGUUUCUUUCAACAGGGGUGUUUGCUGACUGUGAUUGCCUGGCAGGGCAGAGAAGCACCUGGCACAGUUCUGGCUCCAUUUUGUGUCCAGCGACUGGUGGGGCCAGAAUGGAUUGUUCCAGAGGGUCGACCCCCAAAGGCAG